UGGCUCCAAACUCCCGUCCGGAACGGCAACAUUGUUUUGCGCCAACUCCAGCUCCUUGACCGAAUACACUCAUUUUCAUCUCGGCAUUUUCAUAUCAUGGCAGCGACAAAGGCAGUGGACUCCCAACUUGACGAUUUCCUUGAAAACGGAGAGGAACUGGAGCAGAUUUUCUGCGUACUUGCGGGAAGUGACUCGGAAAACUGCUCUUACUCACGUGGCUAUGUGAAGAGGCAGGCUGUGUUUGCAUGCAACACUUGCACACCAGAUGCAUCGCAGCCUGCUGGCAUCUGCCUGGCCUGUGCCAACAAAUGCCACGAUGGACAUGACAUCUUUGAACUCUAUACCAAAAGAAACUUUCGCUGUGAUUGUGGAAACAGCAAGUUUGGAGAUUUCCAGUGUAAACUCACUCCGGCCAAAGAUGAGGAAAACUCCAAAAACCUUUACAAUCACAACUUCUCUGGACGCUACUGCUCUUGUGACCGGCCUUUUCCAGACAAAGAGGACAAGGUCAACGAUGAGAUGAUUCAGUGUGUCAUCUGCGAGGAUUGGUUUCAUACCAGGCAUUUGCGCUGCGAAGUGGAGGAGCUGGAUGAGAUGGUGUGCGAGGAUUGUAUGAACAAAGCUCCUUUCUUAUGGACGUAUGCUGCUCACCUUUCAGUUUCACCUGAGCAAAAGGAGCAUAAAGAUGAGCCCGUAGAGGAAGCAAAAAAGAAAGAGGACUUUUUGGAAUCGAGUGAAAUUAGCCAUGAAGAACCUUCCACCAGUCUUGAGCAGAAGGGAACGCCAACCAGGAGCUUUCCUCGCAAGCGGAGCCACGGGGACAUGACAGACUGUCCCGGGGAGACCAACGCGGUGGCUUGCAAGCUGAAGCAUUUCCAGUCCCUGCAUGUGUCACGGUGUCAACAGGGUGCGGUGUUCUGGCCAUCUUCGUGGCGCUCUUUGCUGUGCACCUGUACAAGCUGCAAGAGGGCUUACGUAGCCGCACAGGUCCACUUCCUCAUGGACCUGUCCGACUCACUUCUGGCCUACGAGAGAAGAGGCCUGGACAAGCCGUUUGGAAAGCAUCCGCUGAUGACACUGACGAGUUCAAUGGACAGAGUCCAGCAGCUUGAGUUCAUUUACGGUUGUAACGAGAUGGCUACUGCAGUAACUGCAUUAUUUCACAAAUGUGCAGGUGAAAAUAAGGAAGUCACUGCGGAAGCUGUAUAUGAGCUUUUCCAGGCGCUUCAGGCUAAAAAGCAGCGGAACGUCAACACGGGCUACCAGUGACUAAAGUGCUGCAGUCUUGUGGUGCUUCUCCCAUGAAAAGUUUCCCUUUGUUGAAGAAGAAGAAAAAGUGCAAUGUUGGAAGCACAUUUGUUUCUGUUCAAGAUGCCUCAAAUUUGAAGCUAGUUUUUAAUUAACACGUUUGUGAUCUGUUUUGUUUCUACACUGGAUACUUGGAAAAAGUCUGUUAAAGACAUGCUGCUGUUUAUUAGGAAAUUUGUUCUUUAGGCAAUUUAAUAAAGUUGAGUAAUUAUUUUCAAAUGA